UUGUAUAGUUUAUUGACUUGUUUGUUGGGACGAUUAAAUAGUGUACUUUUUGGAUUCACAAAUCACACUACUCAUCAGAGAUAAAUUUCACUGCCAAAGAAUAAAAAUUGAUUAUAGGAAGUUUACAUUACCUGAGGGUGUGAUUCCUAAACAUUAGUAUGCACGAGAAUCACUUAAAGAGAGAGAUUGAAGUGCAGAUUUUCAGCCCUUAGCACCACCAGAGAAUUUCAUUCAAGGUCUGGAGGGAAACCCAGGAGUCAACCUUGAAAAAAACAACUCAGACUCCCAAGUAAUUAUUUAUGCAUAUGGUUCACACACUACAAUUUGAAAAACACUAACUCCACCUGAAAGUCUUUAUAAGGCUCAGAUUUUGGAAAUGGUAUUGCCUGUAUGCACCUCCUGAAGUUAUUAAUUUGAACGCGUGGUGGCAGUGCAGGCUAAGAGAGUGAAUAAGAGCUCUGCAGAUUCGGUGGACUCCACUUUAUUCAGAAGCCCCCCAAAAUACAGAACACACUUACAGCUGGAGCUAAGAUAGUAGUAUUCAGGAAGGCACUCGUCACCAGACAAGUUAUAAGACGAAUUCGAAAUUCAACAGUAAAGACAUUUCGGAGGGUCGGUGGUGGACGUGAUGAUGGGGACUGGAAAAAGAUUUUUUCCUCUGGGAUCAGACAUAAUGGAGAUGGCGAGAACAAAAGUACAUCGCAAGAAAAGGCAAGUGGCAAUUCUCAUUAUAUGGGUGCUUUUGUGGGAAGCGGGUUCAGAAUCGAUUCAAUAUUCUGUACUGGAGGAGUCAGAAACUGGCACGUUUGUGGCCAAUUUGACAAAGGACCUGGGACUCAGGAGAGGAGAACUGGCUGCGCGUGGUGCCCAGGUUGUUUUCAAGGGGAACAGACAGUAUUUGCAGCUUGACCCAAAGACCUAUGAUUUACUGCUAAAUGAGAAACUGGACCGGGAAGAGCUGUGCGGCUCCACUGAGCCAUGCGUGCUACCUUUUCAAGUGUUACUGGAAAAUCCCUUGCAGUUUUUUCAGGCUGCUUUACGAGUCAGAGAUAUAAAUGACCACGCCCCAGAGUUCCCAGCCAGAGAAAUGCUACUAAAAAUAUCAGAAAUUACUACACCAGGAAAGCUAUUUCCUUUGAAAAUGGCACAGGAUUUAGACGCUGGUAACAACAGUCUUCAGAGCUAUAUAAUCAGCUCCAAUCCUCAUUUUCACGUUCUCACUCGCAAUCGCAGCGAUGGCAGGAAGUUCCCGGAGCUGGUGCUGGACAAAGCCUUGGACCGCGAGGAGCAGCGCGAGCUAAGGCUUACCCUCACAGCGCUGGAUGGUGGGUCUCCGCCCAGGUCUGGGACCACGGAGAUUCAGAUCCUGGUCUUGGACAUCAAUGACAAUGCUCCCGAAUUUGCUCAGGAACUCUAUGAGGCACAAAUCCCUGAAAACAAUUCCCUGGGCUCCCUGAUUAUCACCGUCUCAGCGACAGAUUUAGAUGCAGGAUCCUUUGGGGAGGUAUCUUAUGCUCUAUUUCAGGGAGAUGACAUUAAUCAACCCUUCGAAAUAAACGCAAUUACAGGAGAAAUUCGACUGAGAAAGACUUUGGAUUUUGAGGAAUUUCAAUCAUACCACGUGGAUAUUGAGGCUACAGAUGGCGGGGGACUAUCAGGAAAAUGCUCUUUAGUCAUCAAGGUUCUGGACGUAAAUGACAACGCUCCUCAACUGACCAUGUCCUCCCUCGUCAGUCCCAUCCCCGAAAACCUGCCAGAGGUCAUAGUAGCAGUUUUCAGUGUGUCAGAUGCAGAUUCUGGACAAAAUCAACAGGUUAUUUGUUCUAUAGAUGACAAUCUCCCCUUUCUUCUAAGACCAUCAGUCGAGAAUUUCUACACCUUGGUAACUGAAGGAGCGCUGGACAGAGAGAGCCAGGCCGAGUACAACAUCACCAUCACCGUCACUGACCUGGGGACGCCCAGGCUGAAAACCCAGCACCACCUAACGGUGACGGUGUCCGACGUCAACGACAACGCCCCGGCCUUCAGCCAAAGCGCCUACACCCUGCGGGUGCGCGAGAACAACACGUCGGGGGGCGGCUGCUCGGUGCCCGAGGGCCCCUUUGCGGGCCACCUGGUGGACGUCAGCGGCGCGGGGACCCUGUCGCACAGCUACCAGUACGAGGUGUGUCUGACGGGAGGAUCUGGGACCAGAGAGUUCAAGUUCCUCAAGCCCAUUAUUCCCAACUUCCCUCCUCAGGGCACUGGAAAGGAAAUUGAGGAAAACCCCAUGGUUCGUGAUAGUUUCCUAUUCAGUUAAGUAUUGGAUUAUCCUAUUAAGCGCUACUUAGUUUGAAAAUCUUUUAACUUAGUUAAAUGUUAUCGAUAGUUUGUUUUUUAAUUAUUUUACUACACUUCCUUAGGUUGAAAAAAAAUCAGAUACUGGGUAUGUACAGUGUUUUCCCUAUAUCAUGCUUAGUAGAUUUGUAUUACUCUCAACUAUAUUUGACAAUCCGAAUAAAAAGUAAAUUUUUAUUUGCAUAA